AUAAUCAAGCAAUAAAAUUAUACUGGUUUUUGUGUACACAUACUAUUAGUCGAUCACAUUUACGAACUUUAAUUAUCUUUCCUUCAGAACGAACCCUAAUUUUCAUUAAAUUUGAAAUUAGUUGCGGGCUGGCCGGCUCGGGCAAGCAAGUAGAGGCGCUGCCACUAACUUUUGAUAGUGAAGUCAUCGGUUUCAUUCGCAGAAAGAGAGAGAUUGCGAGAAGGCAGAAUGAGUGGAGCGGGGAAGAAGGUGGUGGACGUUGCGUUCAAGGCAUCGAAGACCAUUGAUUGGGAUGGCAUGGCCAAGCUCCUCGUCUCCGAUGAGGCUCGCAAAGAGUUCGUCACUCUCCGCCGCGCCUUCGACGAAGUCAACUCCGCCCUCCAAACUAAGUUCAGCCAGGAACCAGAGCCCAUAGAUUGGGAAUAUUAUAGAAAAGGAAUUGGCUCUCGCCUGGUUGAUAUGUACAAAGAAGCAUAUGACAGUGUUGAAAUUCCAAAGUACGUAGACAAUGUCACACCUCAGUAUAAACCCAAGUUUGAUGCACUGUUGGUGGAACUGAAAGAAGCAGAGCAAAAAUCCCUGAAGGAGUCUGAAAGAUUAGAAAAAGAGAUCGCAGAAGUUCAAGAGAUGAAGAAAAAGAUUAGUACAAUGACUGCAAAUGAGUACUUUGAGAAGCAUCCAGAGCUGAAGAAGAAGUUCGAUGAUGAAAUUCGUAAUGAUUACUGGGGUUAUUGAGGGCAGUACUCAAUUGUUUGGGGACCGUCGUUGUUUUUUCUGAAGAACUAUUUAAGGACAUUCCAUGUCUUGGUUCAGAAAAAUUAAAAAAAAUAACCAAGUUUUCUUUGUAAUUGGGUUGCUUGAUUUGUUGCAAAAACUCGUCCGCCGCAACAUAUUAUGCCUUCAAUAUGUUAUUGUAGUUCUCUGCAAAGGUUGAUUACUACCAGAUUGUUUCAGACUCCAAAUAAAUUUUGGUUACUUUUUUAA